CUGGCGAGGUGUGGGAGUGCCUUUAGCUUGAAUGUGAAACGCGUGCGCGCGUACCACCACCAACCAACCAGAAGUGCCCAAGGCGAGCCGGCGCUGGGUGAUCGUGCCACUCCCGACUGCUGAACAACUCGGCUCCCAUCGCCAAUCAUACCCGUGGGAAGAAGACACCGCGGCGCAAUCAACAAGACCGCUCUGACCUCUCGCGAUGGGCAAGCAAAACAGCAAGCUGGCUCCAGAGGUGCUGGAGGACUUACUGAAGAGCACAGAAUUCAACGAGGCUGAGCUGAAGCAGUGGUACAAGGGCUUCCUCAAGGACUGCCCCAGCGGCAAGCUGAACCUGGAGGAGUUUCAACAGCUCUACGUCAAGUUCUUCCCGUACGGCGACGCGUCCAAGUUCGCUCAGCACGCCUUCCGGACCUUUGACAAGAACAGCGAUGGCACCAUCGACUUCCGGGAGUUCAUCUGCGCGCUGAGCGUCACGUCCCGCGGCAACUUCGAGCAGAAGCUCAACUGGGCCUUCAACAUGUACGACCUGGACGGGGACGGAUACAUCUCACGCGUCGAGAUGCUGGAGAUCAUCGAGGCAAUCUACAAGAUGGUGGGCACGGUGAUCAUGAUGAAGAUGAACGAGGAUGGCCUCACGCCCGAGCAGCGCGUCGACAAGAUCUUCAGCAAGAUGGACAAGAACAACGACUGCCUCAUCUCCCUGGAGGAGUUCAAGGAGGCGGCACGCAGCGACCCGUCCAUCGUGCUCCUGCUCCAGUGCGACAUCCAGAAAUAGACGGGGGAGGGGCGUUCCUCGCCACCGUCGCCGCCACUUGACCACAUUUGUACGUUCGGGGGGGCAGUGCGCAGCGGUGGGUGGUGUCGAAAAGGAGAGGUGGGUUGGUGUG